CCUCUCCCUGCUGCUCUAUAAAUCUGCCAAAUCUGCUCCACUGUUAUCUCCUCUCUCUUUUUCUACCUUCUCUGCCAUGGAGAUUGGAACAAGAGUUCAAAAAGAAACAUUAUAUUAAGAGCUCCCUUUUGUAUAAUUUAGUGGCUUUGCAUGUGCUGUAGAGUAACACACUCACUUUAUAUUCUAAUAUCCCAACUGGAACCGUCCAUCCAUCUUACUCUCUCGUCAGUCUCUCACUCCUCUCACCUGCAUAUAAAUUAACACCCUCUUCUCUUCUAGGCUUCUCCCCUUCUUUCUCUCUAUCUUCUGCUCUUACAUUUUUCUGUUCAAUUUCGGGGAACUCAAAGUUCAUACUCAUAAUUCAGUAAGAUAACAAAUGGGUGAAGACGCUAAGCAGGAACAAGCUAAGGCAGAGCCUAAGCCAGAGGAGAAGGCCGAGGCGAAAGUAGAGGAAAAGAAAGAAGAAGAGGAGAAAAAGGAAGAGCCAAAGCCUCCUUCUCCCUUCGUGUUGUUUGUAAACUUGCACUGUGUGGGAUGUGCAAAGAAGAUUGAGAGGUCCAUCAUGAGAAUUAGAGGAGUGGAGGGGGUUGUGAUAGAUAUGGCUAAAAAUGAAGUGACCAUAAAGGGAAUAGUGGAGCCUCAGGCAGUGUGCAACGAAAUCUUGAAGAAAACCAAGAGAAAAGCAAAAGUCUUGUCCCCAUUACCAGCUGCUGAGGGUGAACCCAUUCCAGAAGUUGUUGCCUCACAGGUUAGUGGACUUGUAACUGUAGAACUCGAAGUUAACAUGCACUGUGAGGCCUGUGCAGAGCAACUCAAGAAAAAGAUACUCAAACUCAGAGGAGUGCAAAGUGCUGUGACUGAUCAUAGUAGCGGGAAGGUAAUGGUGACAGGGACCAUGGACGGGGACAAGCUAGUAGAGUAUGUGUAUAGACGAACCAAGAAGCAAGCCCGAAUAGUCCCACAACCCGAGCCCGAACCCGAGAAGAAAGAAGAUGAGAAGCCAGCUGCAGAAGAAGCAAAACCCGAAGAGGAGAAGAAAGAAGAAAAUGCAGGGAAAAAAGAAGAGGAUAAACCGGCAGAAGGGGAGGGAAAGAAAGAAGAGGGCGGAGCUGACGGGGGAGAAAGUAAUAAUAAGGAGGAGGAGAAAGGUGGCCAGGAGAACAAAGAAGAGGGGAAGAAGGUGGGAGAGAUGAUGAGUGGCAGUUACGUAAAUAGUGGCAUGGAUGAGGAACAGAUGAAAAGAAUGAUGCAGUACUAUUAUCAACCUCUUUUCGUGAUUGAGAGAAUCCCACCUCCUCAGCUGUUCAGUGAUGAGAAUCCCAAUGCGUGUUGCAUUUCAUGAACAACUUGAUCACGAUCAAUAAUCCUUCAAUAUUCCAUAAUAACAGUGUAUUAAAAUGUUAUUAUGUUACUUAAUUAUGUAAUAUAUAAAGUGCCACCACUCGUGACCAGAAUUUUAGACAAGUUUUGAGUUAAUUUGGUGGAUAUGGUAUAUGAAGUGGAAUAAAUAUAAUAUACGUUUCCUACAAAUUGAUCAAUAAGAUA